CUGAUCAAUACAUUUCAUAGGUAUAACUUAACAUUUUUAAAAAUUUAUAUUUCUGACCCUAUUAACCUCUGGGACAGUGUGAAUAGGUUUUUAGAGCAAAAUAAUCAUGUGACCCUAUUCACCCCAUAGUGGGUAUGAAUAGGGUCACAUUUUUAAAAAAAUAUAUAAAAAAAUCCGGUUAUGGGAAUGUAUUUUUUUAUAAUAAAUUAUAUUGGAAGACAUCUUACCUUUCAUUAAAAAAAAAAAUAAUGAACCUAUGUUUAAAACUCUAAGAGAUAUUCUCAAAAAACCUUUAAAAUUGACCCUAUUCACCCCCUUUUACGGGGUUCCUAUUUUAUUUUUUUAAUUAUUUCGUUUUUUGUCAUGGAAAUUUAGUUAGUGUUUAGAAAUCCGGGACACCAAAAUUCAUUAAAAUUAGUAUUUAAUUGAAAAACAAACAAUAGAGGACAUAAUAUGGAACCAUUAGGAAUAACUACUGAUGAUUGCGGGAUAAAUUCCAAGUAUAAUGAUAAAAUACACAAAUUGUCUUCAAUCCCACUCAAUAGACAUGACAAUCAAGUAUGUAACGGAAUUAUUAAACAGGAAAAUAUUGAUGAACAAGAGGUAUUUAAUGGAAUUAUCAAAGAGGAAAUUAUUGAAGAAAUAGACCAUGACAAUGAUAGUCGAUCAUUUCAAAAAGGAACUAAAACUGAAAAGAAUAUUUACACAAUUGAUACCGAAAUAAAAACUGAAGUAAAUUGUAUUGACUGUUUUGAAUUUGAAGGAACAGUUUUAAGCGAAAGCAAUUCUGCAGAUUUCAUUACUUGUAUGAAUUUGGACUUGACAUCAAACUGCGUAAGGAAAAAUCCAUUGGAUAAUACAUCGUCCAAAUUACCAAAGAUUACAAGGACAUACACAGGUGAAAAAUCGUAUAAAUGUGAUAACUGUAAUCAAGCGUUUUUUCAUAAAUCAAGUUUAAUAAUCCAUACAAGGACACAUAACAGCGAAAAGCCGUAUAAGUGUGAUAACUGUGAUAAAGCGUUUUCUCAGAAAUCAAGUAUAAAAAAUCAUACAAGGACACAUACGGGCGAAAAGCCGUAUAAAUGUAAUAACUGUGACCAAGCGUUUCCUCAGAAAUCAAGUUUAAUAAGCCAUACAAGGACACAUACCGGCGAAAAGCCGUAUAAAUGUAAUAACUGUGAUCAAGCGUUUUCUCAGAAAUCAAUUUUAAUAAUCCAUACAAGGACACAUACCGGCCAGAAACCGUUUCAAUGUUAUAACUGUGAGAAAAGGUUUGCAUCAAAAUCAAAUUUAACAAUGCAUACAAGAACGCAUACCGGCGAAAAGAUGUAUAAAUGUGAUAACUGUGAUCAAGCGUUUUCUCAGAAAUCAAGUUUAAUAAUCCAUACAAGGACACAUACCAGCGAGAAACCGUUUCAAUGUUAUAACUAUGAGAAAAGGUUUGCAUCAAAAUCAAAUUUAACAAUGCAUACAAGGACGCAUACCGGCGAAAAGAUGUAUAAAUGUGAUAACUGUGAUCAAGCGUUUUCUCAGAAAUCAAAUUUAAUAAUCCAUACAAGGACACAUACCAGUGAAAAGCCGAAUAAAUGUGAUAACUGUGAUCAAGCGUUUUCCCAGAAAUCAAGUUUAACAAAGCAUACAAGGACACAUACCGGCGAAAAGCCGUAUAAAUGUGAUGAAUGUGAUCGAGCUUUUUCCCAGAAAUCAAGUUUAAUAAAUCAUACAAGGACACACACCGGCGAAAAGCCUUAUAAAUAUAAAAUAUGUGAUCAAGCGUUUUCCCAGAAAUCAAAUUUAAUAAUCCAUACAAGGACACAUACCAGUGAAAAGCCGAAUAAAUGUGAUAACUGUGAUCAAGCGUUUUCCCAUAAAUCAAGUUUAAUAAUCCAUGCAAGGAAACAUACCGGUAAAAAGCCGUAUAAAUGUGAUGAAUGUGAUCGAGCUUUUUCCGUGAAAUCAAGUUUAAUAAGGCAUACAAGGACACACACCAGCGAAAAGCCGUAUAAAUGUGAUAACUGUGAUCAAGCGUUUUCUCAGAAAUCAAGUUUAAUAAAUCAUUUCAUGACACAUACGGGCGAAAAGCCGUAUAAAUGUGAUAACUGUGAUAAUGCGUUUUCUCAGAAAUCAAAUUUAACAGUACAUACAAGGACACAUACCGGCGAAAAGCCGUAUAAAUGUGAUAACUGUGAUCAAGCGUUUUCCCAUAAAUCAAGUUUAUCAAAGCAUACAAGGACACAUACCGGCGAAAAGCCGUAUAAAUGUGAUGAAUGUGAUCGAGCUUUUUCCCAGAAAUCAAGUUUAAUAAUCCAUGCAAGGAAACAUACCGGUAAAAAGCCGUAUAAAUGUGAUGAAUGUGAUCGAGCUUUUUCCGUGAAAUCAAGUUUAAUAAGGCAUACAAGUACACACACCAGCGAAAAGCCGUAUAAAUGUGAUGAAUGUGAUCGAGCUUUUUCUCUUAAAAACAAUUUAAAACGUCAUACAAUGAGACAUAACAGAUAAAUACCGUAUAAACGUGAUAUCUGUUACCAAUGGUUUCCUCUUCGAACACAUUUAUAUCAAUCAAGACAUAUAAAAAUAAUUUUUUUGCCUUACAGUUUAUUUUAUAAUUUAAAUAACAUAAAAAUGAGUUCUUUAUCAUCAAUAUAAUAUAACAUUAGUUACUACGAUAGUAAAUAAUAACCAAUUAUUACAAUACCAAAUUAACAAAAAAGAUACACCCCAUAGUCUGAUAUCAUCAAACAUUCUACGUAAUAAUAAACAGUGAAUUCAUAGACUACUUCCACAUCUAUACAGACGCUUCUUAAACAGCAAAUGAAACCGGCUUCAUCAUGACACAUACCGAAGAUGACAGUCUCCAUAAAAUCGUCCCUUUCUCCAGCAUAUCUACUGCAGAAACUUUCGCGGUACUCGAAGCUAUAAUUAUCUCAUUCUCCAAAAACCACAAUAAUGUCCUCAUCUUAAGUGACUUUUUUAGCGGAAUCAUCUUAAUUACCAUCGUACAUACAAAAUGCAACUAGCCCGAAGCAUCCAGAAUUCAAUCCUUACAAACCACAAAACUAUCAAACUAUUCGAACUCAUGUGGGUUUCAUCACAGACUUUAUCAAGAUAAACGGGCUUACAGCGAACAUCUAGAACAAUGGAUCGACGACACCUCACUAUAAUAAUUAAAUAAAUCUUUUAAAAAAAAAUGUUGAAAAUUGAAUGUAUUGAAUUUAUGGACACGAUUGUCGUCUUUUUGAAGCCUUCAAUAAAUAAUAAAAAAAAAAAACAAAAUAUUUUCAUAUUAUCAUUAGUUUUCUUCAAUUUAGUCAUCAUUAAAGUAUCAUUAUUUUAGUUAUCUAACUGUUGAUCCUUAUAGUGCUUGAUAUUAUAGUGGUAAGUAUCCUUGCCUGUCACGCAGGAGACCGCUUAUACAGCAU